UCUUGCAUUGGGCUGCUUCAGUGGGAAGCCUUAUACGCCUGCUAAACACUGACGUGGGUUACCAUUCUGUGAGUAAUAUAUUGUAUUGUGCUCAGUUCCUUUCCCUUUUAAUAGCCUCUUGACAACACAAUUGAUGCUAAGGCAUGAUGGGAAAUUCACUAAGGCCACAGCAAAUGCCUUUGGUGUGAAAGGUGAGUCAGGGUUCGCCUACACCAACUUUUAAUCAGUGAAUGCCAAAGGGCAACAUAGCAAUUGAUGGAAGCGUAAAACUCCUAGAGAAAAAGAAAAAAAAAAAAGAUAAAAGAUUUAUUCUGCAACAUCCGCUCCAUAUGGUCAGACUGAGGAGGACAGUUGAAUCACGUGUGAGCAUGUGUGAGUUGUGGCCGCAGAAUUAGAGAGCAUGUUCUCGGGGGGGGGAAUUAGAGCUCGGCAGAGACGCAGUUAAGCCGUGCAGUGGGCUCCCUCCUCCAGCCACGGCUCUUCCUGCACUGAUGCCAAGACCCAAAUGAGGCCAGCGUGUCCUUAUCCGUGUCCCUGAGAUAAGGGCCAUCCCAGCACCAGCUGGAGGAGAGCAGGAUAAAAGAGAGGCUUUGGUGAUUCACUCAUUCAUUUGUGUCCCCCUUCACCAACCCACCUCUCCCUACAUUCACCCCAAGCACACCUGCAAAGCAGCCCCAUUGUCAUCCCCUUUUGCAGGUGAUUUCACACAAUGCGAGCCGUAGCAUUUCCAUAUUAGCCGCUGCUUUUGGGACGCGGCGAGAGAAAUCGCGUGCUGGUUAAGCAUCUCCGCUUCCCUGCUGCUCGCCCCCCUCUCUCCCUCUCUCUCUCUCGCUCCCUCUCUAUCCCACGCUCCCUCACACCAUCACACCGAUGUAAGCGACGUGUGAUUCCUAGUCCUGGGCAACAGUAGAUAGCUCCACACUGGGAGGAGAGCCGUCUAAGCCGCCGCGCCGCCGGUAGAACAGCAGCCUCUGCCUCCUGCUCCCAGAAACAUCUUCCCCGAGAGCCGCUUGCACCUGGUCCCCGGGCUGUACGCGCUGAAGAGUACUCACCAUGAAAACCAGGCUAGGCUGCCUAUCCAUUAAGUCUGACUCCUAUAAUGACUUCUCUGAAUUCCUGCCACCUGCACAGGCCGGGCCUGCUAAAUGCAUAAAGUUAUCAACGGAGGAAGUCACGCGAUGGGCUGAUUCAUUUGACAUUCUCCUGUCCGACAAGUGUGGCUUAACGGCCUUCAGAACAUUUCUUAAAUCGGAGUUCAGCGAUGAGAACAUUGAGUUCUGGAUGGCAUGUGAAGACUACAAAAAGAUCAAAUCACCUGCAAAACUGAUGUCAAAAGCUGAGAAGAUUUACAAGGAGUACAUUGAUGUCCAGGCACCGAGAGAGAUAAAUAUUGACUUCAGGACCAGAGAGGAGACCAAGCAAGGUCUUCAAGAGCCAACUCCCACCAGCCUCAAUCUCGUGCAAGCCAGAGUGUACAGCCUGAUGGAGAAAGACUCCUAUCCCCGCUUUCUAAGAUCCAAAUUCUAUCAGGACUUGCUUAACAAGACUCAUCUACACUGUCAAAGGAAGUCAGUUUGAGGAAGCGCUACAAGGUUAUCUUGGAUAUCAUUGAACGACAACCUUCAGCAUUCACAUACCACGUUACGUUUUUGGUUCACCAUACUGGAACCCUGUCAAGUCUGGUUUAGAGAAGAAACAUUACAACUUUACACUGUACCCUUUAGCGAUCCUUAUGUGAACAACACAUGAAUGUUUGGAUGGUUUCACAUGUAGAGUAGACCAGCUCCAUUAGAUCUAACUGUUUAUGUUAAAGGUUAAGUGUGACCAAAAUCUGUGGUUUUUGUUAAAUUAGUAGCUUAUAUUGGUUAGCUUUUCACAGUAUAGUCAAAUGUAAUGAUGGUUUUGCCUUAUAUUUUUAAGUAGCUCCGAGCACAAUGAAAGAGCUUGGAAGAGGGUGACUGGACAGAAUUUUUGUCAUUCCCUUCAAACUGGUACGCACAGAUUUCAGUGAAUGACACACCUGAACUCUGGUGAGGUGAUGUGGACCUAGCUUUUUGUGGACCUUACCUUAUUCUUUGCGUUACCAAAAAAACAAAAUUUAAUUACAUACUACCGUCUUCAUAUUCACACCUACAUUGUACAUUGUCUAGCCUACUCUUGCUUGAUAAAUGAAUAAUACAAAACACAACCUCUGCAGGUUAUUUUAUCACUGAUAGCGGGAAGGCUAAUUUCUCAUUAUGAUAAAUGGGGAAAACAAGCUCAUUCGGGAACUGGGGGUAGCUUGUUUAUGUUCCAGUACUCUAGUUGGUUUCCCUGUUAUUUUCCCACUUAUCUGGAGAUCUAAAACGACAUAUUGAGCACUUCCGUUUUUCAGGGUUACAUGUGACUGCUUAGUUCUUUGUUUACGUAUUUGUUUGUGUGGCUUAACGGCCUUCAGAACCAUAAGCCUAUAAAAAUGGUAUAAUCAGCCACGAAUCAGCAAAGUAAGCAAGUAGGAUAGGCAACAAUCCACCUAUUGCAUACCAGUCAGCCUGUUACAUAGGUGUAUUUUGAUCAAACGUAAAAUGAGAAACUAUGGCCUCAUUAAAACCCUUUACCAUCACAUUUUACACAAGUCACAGAAUAUUUACAAUUUUUAAUGUUGCAGUUCACAAUCAUUCACUUUUGUGUAUACCCACCCAGUACAGCUGCUAGUUCAUUGUCAAGUACAUUAUCUAAAUGUAAUGUCACCUGUGUUGGUUAGCAUAGUCACACACUAAUGUCAGAACUGAGAGCUUAACUAUGAAAAGGCACUGAGGAGCUCUGUGAACCUGCAACCGCUCUGCAACACGUACACCUCUUUCUCAAUCCUCAAUGGAAUCUGCACUGCGCCUGACCAUGGGAUCUUGUACAAACACAAUCACUGAGGGGUACAAUGUUGAUCAAUCAGAUUCAUUUUAUAAGACUAACAUUAUUUAAAUUGCUUAAUUAUCAUAAUGGCAAAAGUUUUUUUAAUAUUGUAUUUAGUUUUGAUGUCAUUAUCAUUCCUAUUCACAGCCAUGACUUCAUCUUGUCAGAAUUCUUGUAAAUCAAUCAUUUUGCACAGUAAUCUGACCAAUCAGUGCAAAUGUAUGGGACGAUUUAGGAUAUUAAUGUUAAUAGAGCAUCUUGACAAGCAUAUAUGUACAUGCAUGGGUUAUGUGCAAUGGUAUCCGAUGAAGGACUUGACUAAGGUGCAUUCAGGUCCAUGAAUGUAGAUAUUAUCAUCUGGUGUGUAUGUCCAUGUGGGUUCUUGGUGGUAUGUUUAAAUGCUAGUCAGAUGUAAAUAUCAUUGCUUUAAAAUUAUUACUAAUAAAGACUUUGGAGACAUUUA